GUUAACGUCUCAAAUUACUUUGAAGCUUAGAGUUCUAAGGCUACUUCCGCUUAGCUCCAGUCAGCUACCAGCCGAGAUAUCACGAUGGCAGCGGAAUGCGAUGUGCAGUCUGAGAUCGAGGUGCUGCAGUCCAUUUACCUGGACGAACUGCAGGUGGACAGGGCGGAGGAGGGGAGCUGGGAGGUGAGCCUGGUCCUGUACCCGUCCACAGCAGAGGACUCGGUCUCUCAGUUUGUCCGGCUCACCCUGACUUUGACCCUGGAUCAGCGGUAUCCCUCGUCCUCUCCUGCCAUCUCCAUUCAUAACCCCCGCGGGCUUUCUGAUGAUAAACUCAGCUGUGUCCGGAGGUGUCUCCAUGAGGAGGCUCAGUCGUGUCUGGGUUCACCCAUGUUGUAUCAGCUCAUUGAGAAAGCUAAAGAAAUCCUGACUGAAAGCAACAUUCCUCAUGGAAACUGCGUCAUCUGCCUUUAUGGUUUUAAGGAGGGGGAAACGUUCACCAAGACGAGCUGCUACCACUACUUCCACUCCCACUGCCUCGGCCGCUAUGUCAGCCACUCGGAGAGGGAGCUCCACCAGCUGGAGAAGGAGCUGGAGGAGGACAAAACCAGAGACGGAACCAAGUAUCAGGAGCUGACGGUGGUGUGUCCGGUGUGCAGGGAGACCCUGAUGUACGAUGUGGAUCAGCUCCUGUCGUCUCCAGCGCCUCAGCUGCCCGAGCUUGAUGAAGCAGCAAUUGGCUCAGAUUUUCAGCAGAAGUGGUGCAAGCUCCAGAAGCUUCUAGAAAAACAGAAAUCUAAAGGAGGGAUCAUCGACCCCGAGGUGGAAUCAAAUCGCUUUCUCAUCCAUAUCAAUGAGGCUCCUCCUGCUGCUGAAGAUGGAAACCUUGAAGUUGACUUCUCUCCUGAACCCCCAUCCUCCUCCACCUCUAAUGAAACUGGUGUCGGAGUGAACCAGUUUGCUACUGGACAGGCCCACUGUAGAGGCAUUCAGGGCCAGAGGCGUCCACACCAGGCAAGGGGACUGAGAAAAGGAGGCAGGUCCAGACCACAACACAGCAGAGCCCCUCCUAUCACAGAGUAUCUGGACAAACUGUCUCUGACCUCUGACAGCACUGAGGAAUCAAUCAAAGCCAAAGCUCGGGGGGAUCAUGUCCAGUACAUGAAAGGGGACCUGGAGGUAUGCCAGUCCAGGACCAGCAGGGAAGUCUCUGCAGAGCACCAGGAGAUGCAGGCCUCUACAGACCAUCGGGCGACAUACCAGUCAGGUUUGGAAGCUGAAUGCCCUAAAGAUGCUGCAGACUCUGCAGCAUCUUGCAGCCAUCGGGGAAGAAGAAGGGGCCCUCACCGACCUGUCCUACACUCCGGGGCCCCUGGACCUCCACGGCACCACUGGGAUGGUCGACCCUCCAGAAGCAGAGGAGGGGCUAACCUUUGCGGCAGAGGAGGCGGACCCCGCCGUGGUCAUCAUGACAGGGGCUUCCAGCAGAAGGUGGUGGAGAGAGGAAGGGAGGAGGUGCUAUGACAAAGGGCAACAGGAGGGUCAACGAACAAGCGUGUGUGUGCCUCCGUCAUGGGUCUGGUUAAAUUAAAGCCCUGCAACGGACGUCUCCAAUCCUCCCGUUUGUCGCCAUGUCCCCCCGGUCUGGUAUGCACUUUCACAGAAAUCAGAUACAGAUGGUUGCUGCUUUUUGUUGUGAUGCUAAACCACUUGAGGAAACUACAAAUUAAAACUGCUCUGGAUGUUGGUGUGUGGAAGUGUGACUCUGUAAUUUAAUGUCAUGAAAGCUACAAAAUACUAAAAGAAAUUAAUUCUC